AUGGUCGAUGAAACGACAAAAACAAACGCCGAUGAGAAACAAAAAAUGACGUUGCCAAGUGUGAGAGAACUUGCCAAAAGGUAAGAGGGGAACUUCUGGAUUACUUCUAUUGAAGUUGAUCGAUUACUGUAUGUUUGACACAAAUUUUUCAUGAGAGAACAUUUUUAGAGCUACAGUAAUCAAAGAAUCUAAUUUUUCAAAAUAUUUUUUUUAAAUUAAAAAAAAUUUGUCAUCUUCUAAAAAACUUCUUCUAAAAACUCCUAAUUAAAAAAUUAAUUCAUUCAGUGCAGGUCUAUGGGUUACUGUAGAUGUGAUACCAACUUUUAUUCCCUCAAAAAAGAGAAAUAUCCUAACAUUUUCCAAAAGUGUUCUAGGUGAUUUUGAAAAACAUUAGUCAUAGAAUUCAAUUCAAGUUUCUAUUUCCGAGCUUCCAAGAUUUGUCAAUAUUGGUUAUCGAAAACUCUCUCAUUUUCCGCAAGUUUCAAACUUUAGAAGCAUAUGUUUUUGUUUGAAACAACGACAACGAAAAAAAAAGUUAACUUGAAGCAUUGUUUUCGUGCUUUCUCAAUAACUCGUUUUAUGAUCCCGAAACAAAAAAAACAUGUGUAUUUUAUUCAUCUGAAUAUUUUUCUCGGAAACAAAAUGAAUAACUGCUUUUCUUUCAGAAUGUAAAUGACAAUAAAAUUGAAUAGUAUUUUUAUUUUAUUAGUAUUAUUAGCCUACCUCCUAGCCUUCUUGUUGUUCAUUUUUUUUUUCGAUAUUUUCCAGCCCAUUUGGUUGGUCUACUCUUAUGUACAUACAAUCAUUCAGUCGAAAAUUUAUACAAACAUUAUUAUCUUACUCCAUUUUUUCACAUUUCGUUUUUCAAAAUUUCAAACUUUAUGAGUACAUUUAUUUCCAACAAAAAAUAAUACGUUUUUUUAGGUUUGAAACUGGCGCCAAAAUUGAAACAACAACCAGUACAAUAACAACGAAUAGUAAAUCAAUUGGCAAACGAAUCGGCAAAUUUCGAAUUGUUGAAAAUAACAAUAAGUUAGUAUAACUUUUUUGUAUUUUCUUGCAAUUUAUAUUGACUGUUUUCAGCACUUCAAUAUUACGAACAGAUAAUAAAAAAAUAGCGAGAAGAAAAAGUAGUUCGUUGAAACGACGAACGAAAAGUAUUGGAGAUUUUGGAAUUGAACCAUCGACAUCUUCUGAAGUUCGGAAGAGUAAAUCGGAAGUUCAAUUGCAGAGAAAAGAAGAGAAACGAAGUGAAGUUGAUUGGAAACCACAACCAGCACCAAGAUCCAGGUUUGAUACAUUUUUAAAAUAAUUUUAUCGCUUGUUAUUUUUUUCCUUUCAGAAAAUGUUCCAAAGAGAGUUUUGUUUCCCAAAUAAAAAUCCUACAUUCUGAAAUAUUUUUCAUGUGUUUAUUGUUUAAAAAUAGAGAUCAUCUUGAUACAAUUUCGGAAAUUAAGAAAAACAGAAAAUUUUUUUCCAAAAAAACCCCUAUCUAAUUUUUUUCCCACUAUCCUCUUAUAUUUUUCGAAAAUAGAUUCGUGGUCGAAAAUGUCUCAAUAUUUGCAUUUUCUUUUUUUCCCAAAAAAGACUGCUCAUAUCAAUGUUUAUUUUCAGAUUAUUACAAACAACAAGUAUGAUUGUUGAAUCAUCGAAAAAAGACGAAAUCCCAAUAUACGAAGAAAGAUGCCGAAUAUCAUUGACAAUAUCAGCCGAACCAUCUCAACCUCCAAUUUCCCCACCUCCGCCACUUCCAUCUCAACCACCAUCAAAAGAAAGAUUGAAACGUAUUCCAUCAUAUUUGAAGCCAACACCCGCUCCAAGAACACCUGGAACAUUGCCAAGACCAAAGUUCAAAUCUCCGCCACCUCCACCUAAUAUAAUGCCACAUGAUCAACGAAGAGUUCCGACGAUUCCAGUUCCGGAAACACCUCUAGAAGAUUAUGACGAUGAUGAGAGUUGUUAUGAUCAAAUAGGAUUACCAACUUCGAGUUCGUCGUUGAAAAAUCAAGAAAUUGAGAAUAAUGAAGAAGAAGAAGAAGAAAUAUUUGAUGAGGCAACAGAAGCUGAAGAAUCAAUUAAUAUUCAACAAAAACCAAAAAUAAAAGAGCGAUUUUUAUCAUCGACACUUCAACGAACAACAACAAAAGCGAGUAAAAGAGUCAGUGCUGUGGAAUUAGAAAAAUUAUUUCGUUUCAAAUCUGAACUUCAACUUAAUUUUUCAAAAAAGGUAUUUCAUUUUUUUGUUUUCCUUUGCAUUCAUCCAUAAAAUUUAGGUCGACCAAAUCCGACAAAAAGUUGGCGAUCGACAAAAUAGCAAAAGACGAUCAAAGUGUCAUGUGAGUGUGGAUCUUUUGGACACUGAUUUUUCGAAUUUGGUAAGUCAUUUCAAUUUUUGGCAAUAAUCAUCAAUCAACCGUUCUCUCCUAUAAACAUUCUUGUUUUUUUUUCUUUCUAUUUCUCAAAAUAGUUCUGCCCUUCUCGGUCAUUUUAUUGAUUUUUUCUGUCGGUUUUCCGCGAAUUCAUUUCAAAUCGCCAUAAUCCUUCGGUAAUUUACGAGAAUUAGUAGUUUUUAUUAUUUUUCAAAAGUUUUUUCUAUUUUAUUAAUAGUAAAUAGUAGUGAAAAAAUGUAGUUUUUAAAAUUUAAGAUAUUUUCAGAUGUCAAAAUCUACAAUAGAUUCUCGAUAUCAGGAUGAUGAUCAUAUUUAUGGAGAUGAUUGGAGUUCAGAAGACGAUGAAAAUUAUCAUGGUAAGAAUUUGUAUUUCUUCUUCUUAUUUUCUAUUUUUUCGAGUCUAUUCUUUUAUUAACAAUAGCGACAAAAAGUGAAAACUUUAUAGGAAAACUUGAUGGAUUAUUAUUUAUUUUUUUCGAAUUCUUCUGCUAUUUUUAAUAUCAACAUAUAGAUAGAAUAAUAUAUUAUAUUCAUAGUCAAAAUUGAAUUUGGAGACAAUCGUCACACAAAAAUAUAAUAAUAAUAAUAUUUUAGUCAACCAACAACAUCUUGCCACUCUUUUUUCUUCCGUUUUUUAUAUUACGAUUUUGUUUCUUUCAGAUGAUCGACGUUCGUCAAUGUAUCGACAAUUAGAAGAACAACUUAAUAAAGUACUUCCAGAUUACGGUACAAAAACUGGUGAGUAAAACGGGAAAUUGGAAAAGUUCAAAAGAAAAUUUUAGAAAUUAAAAUCUUGAAAAACCACAAGAUUAAACAACACCGGUUUGUUUUGGAAGGAGUUUCGAAUUUCAAAAUUAGGACUGACUUUCUUGUUGUCUAAUAGUGGAAUCAUUUUUUGAAGAAUUUUUGAUUGCACUAAAAUUUGAUACAUCGGACAAUUUUGAAUUCUGUUAAAACGUCUAAAAAACACCUCAAAAGUCCGCGGAUUACUGUAGUUUGUAAGGUCAGCGGAUUACUGUAGUUUGCUGAUUUUUCGAUCUUCCAAUAAUCUUCCCAAACUGCGUAAGAACAUCUUUGACCUUCUUCCGUAUCCCCCAGAGAUACUGUAGAUCUCUAGCUUGAUUUUCGAUUUUCGUACUUUGAUAAUGUAACAAUGUCCAUCAUCUCAAAAUAAAUCCGAUUAGAAUACCACCUUGUAUGUAAAUCUAUUGUGUGGUUAGAUUCAUUCAAAAAAAUUGUCAAUUUUUUUCCAAAUAUUUAUUUUUGUCUAGAAAUGUCGUCUGAUUACGAGACUGCUGAUAUAAUUGUUGAUCCAUCGAAACCAUCUGAUGCUGGUGAGAAGUUUAUUGCAAGACCUGCUGUCGGCCAUCUUCCAUUAGAUGACUCAUGGACUCCGUCUUCAAUUCAGGUGAAUCAUUUCUACAAUAAUAAUAUUUACGCUUUGUGUUCUUCUUCUUCAUCUUUUUUCUAUAUUUGCUUUUUGUAGGACGAACCAUCACCUGAAGAAGAAGAAUAUAGAAGACAAUAUACAUGUCGAAUGGUACCAUUUGAACAACCACUAUAUCAACAUUAUAUGUUGGAAGCAAGAAGUGAUAAAGAAAAAGAUAAUUAUGAAGAUAUAAAAGAACUUGAAAAACCAUCAAAAAUUGUUGAAAAAACUACAGUACCUGUAAGAUUAUCAACCCUUAUGAAUAUUUCGAAAAACAACAUUGAUUUUUUUUUGCAGAAUCGUCGAGAAUCUUCAAUAUCUUCAGAUUCUGGAAGAGGUGCUGAUUGUUCGACAACUUCUGCAUCAGCUUUGACUUCGAAUACUUCAAUGAGACGAGAUCGAUUGGUUGGAGCUUCAAACUUUGGAUCACAGAGAAGUUUAUGGUGCGAAUUGGCUGAAGUUCGAGCAUCUGGUCUUUUGGAUUCAUUGGAUGACGAAUGUAAACUUCGACAAGAAGCAUAUUUCGAAGUUAUCACAUCGGAAGCCAGUUAUUUGAGAUCUUUGAAUGUUUUGAUAACUCAUUUUAUGGCAAGUCCACAUAUGUUAGGAUCCAAAUCAACUUCUUCAGUUUUAUCUGAUUCGGACAGAAAACAUUUAUUCAGUAACAUAUUUGCUGUUCGAGAUUGUUCAGAAAGACUUUUAUGUGAUUUGGAAACUCGUCUCGAAGAAAAUCUUGUAUUAGAUGAUAUUUGUGAUAUUCUUAUCGAACAUUUCGACAAAUAUUUCGAAGUUUAUAUCAAAUAUUGUUCAAAUCAAGUAUAUCAAGAUCGAACUCUUCGUCGGCUGAAAACAGACAAUCAAGGAUUUUUGCAAGCUGUUCAACGACUUGAGGAAAAUAAGCAAUGUCAAGGACUUGAUAUGCGAUCAUUUUUGAUGUUGCCAAUGCAAAGAAUCACAAGAUAUCCAUUAUUACUUUAUGCAAUUUUGGAUAGAUUAUCACCUUCAGAUGAUAGAUUCAAAACAGCCACAGAUGCAUUGAACACUUCAAAUCGUGUUGUUCGAGAAUGUAAUGAAGGAGCAAGAAGAAUGGAAAGAACUGAACAAUUAUUAGAAAUUGAUCGAAGACUUGUUUAUAAGGAUGUUGAUUUGAAGUGAGUUUCAGAACAUUUUUGAAGUGAAUUUAUCACAAAACACUUUACAGACGAAUUCCAUUGGUGUCGAAUAGUCGAUAUUUGGUCAAAAAGGGAGUUCUGACACAAUUAGUUGAACGAAGAUCUUCGAACAUUUUACAAAGUCGACAAAAAGCAAGAACUCUUCACGUAUUCUUGUUUUCAGAUAUGAUUAUGAUAACAAAAAAGAAAUUGUGAGUUUUUCAUUAACUUCGAGCUGCUUGAAUAAUUGGUUUUUUUUCUAGAAACGGAACAUUUGUGUGCAAAGAUUAUGCAACACGUCGAUUCGUUGAUAUGCAGCCAAUCGAACCAGAUAAUCCAAAAAUCCCACUUGGUGCAAUAAGUUCGCUUGUCGGGCGGCCUCAUCUAUUUCUUUGUACAUUGAUGAGAAAUGCAAGAGAUAAACAAACCGAAUUAUUGCUUUCGGCGGAUAGCGAAACAGAUCGAGAAAGAUGGUUGAGUGCAGUUAGACCACCUACAGUAAGUUUUCCCUUUUUUUCCGAAAGUGUGCCUAAUGUUUUGGGAUUCCUCUUUUUUAACCUUCUCUCUCUUUUGCAGUCAACUAACCCCGAAGAAAAAGUAUAUGCUGAAUGGGAUUGUCCACAAGCUGUUGUUGUUCAUUCAUAUCAGCCAUCACAAAAUGACGAAUUACAAUUGAAUAUCGGCGAUAUGAUUAAUAUUCUUCGAAAAAUGCCCGAUGGUAAGUACUAAACUAACUUGAAUUUUUUGUUUUUGAGUGAAUGGUAACUUGGGGGUGUUUUCACGGUCUUUUGAGGUGGAAAACAAACAAUUUGAUGUUUAGGAUGGUUGUAUGGAGAGAGAGUCACCGAUUCCGUGGGUGGAUGGUUUCCCUCAUCAUACGUUCAGAACAUCAUCAAUGACCACACACGUGCCAACAACUAUCGACAACGGCUACGUCUCAUACAGGUUAUUUAUCAUACUGAAAGAGACCACAUUUCAUAGUGUUCCAAAUUUCUGAAAGUAAAAUUCCAGCCUUGGUCCUUUUCAGAUUUUCCAAAACAAAAAUCCUUAUAAUUUCCAAAAUUGUGUUUCAGGCAGCGUCGGGCUGGCACGGAAACGUUUCUUCUCCAUCGAUUGGGCGUGGGGGGUUGCCCCUAAUUGAUCGACUUCGUCGAAUGUCAAACCCGAAAUCAUAUUUUCAAUCGGGAGCUGUCGGUUUAUAA